AUGGCAAUAAAUAUAACAUCUGAUCAACAAUGUUUAAUCGUCGAUGAGAAUGAUAAUCCACCUACAUAUCAAGAUGCAACAGGUCAAGGUUAUGGAACAUUUAUUGAUCCAACUGCAACAAAUGCUUUACCUUAUUCCUAUGGAUUUGGCUCUCAACAGCCUACAGUAAUUGUUCUCGGUGGAUGUCCAGCUUGUAAAGUUGGCAUGUUAGAUACUGAAUUUACAUGUAUGGGCCUGUGUUGUGCAAUAUUCUUGUUUCCAAUUGGAAUUCUUUGUUGUCUAGGACUUCGUCAACGACGAUGUAAUUUUUGUGGAGCAAUUUUUGAUUAA